AUGAAGUUCUUGAAAAGAUUGGUACGUCCUUCCCUGUCGCUUUUGCUCUGCCAUGGCUCGUUUGGCGUCAUCCGACGAGUACGCCGCAAGCAGGACGGCAUGAUCCUCUGCCGGAAAGAGAUCAGCUACCUCAAAAUGUCCCAAAAGGAGCGCGAACAGUUACACGCCGAGUUCCAGAUCCUCUCGACGCUGCGCCAUCCCAACAUUGUCGGCUACUACCACCGCGAACACCUCAAGGCGACCCAAGAUUUGCACCUGUACAUGGAAUACUGCGGGAAUGGAGAUCUCGGUCGGGUCAUCAAGGAGUUGCAACAAAAGAACCAGUAUGCUGAGGAGUCGUUUGUGUGGAGCAUCUUCUCGCAGCUCGUUUCGGCCCUCUACCGCUGCCACUACGGCGUCGACCCACCAGAAGUUGGUAAGACCGUGUUGGGUUUGGGAACGACAGCGAGGCCUAAGGCGCCGUCGGGUGGCACCAUCAUUCUUCAUCGUGAUUUGAAGCCAGAGAAUGUCUUCCUCGGCGAGGACAACUCGGUCAAACUCGGCGACUUUGGCCUCUCCAAAGUGAUGGCCUCCCACGACUUCGCCUCCACCUACGUCGGAACCCCCUUUUACAUGUCCCCCGAAAUCUGCGCCGCCGAGAAAUACACACUGAAAUCCGACAUUUGGUCAUUGGGAUGCAUCAUCUACGAACUCUGCACUAGGGAACCACCGUUCAACGCCAAGACGCACUUUCAGCUCGUCCAGAAGAUCAAGGAGGGGAAGAUUGCGCCGCUUCCGGCCUGUUAUUCGUCGGAGCUUUUCGCGGUGAUCAAGGACUGCCUCCGGGUGAAUCCGGAUAGGAGACCGGACACGGCGGCAUUGUUGAACCUCCCGGUGGUUAGGUUGAUGAGAAAGGAAAAGGAGGUGGUCGAGUUCAGCAAGACGCUCAAGGCCAAGGAGGACUCGCUCAACAGGCGGAUUCGGGAGGUGGACCAGAAGUUGGCCUUGUUGGAUCAUGACAAGGUGGCGAUCAGGCAGGAGAUCGACGCUUCCCUGAGGAGGGAAAUGGGAAGUCAAGGCGAGGCCAGGGCGGAAGCCAAGGUUGAGGCCCGCCUCGAAGUCGAACUCCAACGACGAAAGCAGCUCGAGGAAAAGGAACAGCACCGCCCUGCGGAGCUCUCUUCUUCCAAGGACUCAUAUCAGCACUCGUCGAUUUCCUCUAUCAGCCCGACAGAGGACGAGUUCCCCUCGACGACCGAUAUCACCGAGCCUGAAUCGCCGGCCGAUACCUCCAUGACGCAACCGUCCUUCAAGACGGCGCGCACUCCCUUUGGGAGAGCCCAGACCAUGUUUGUGAUGGCGCCGCCGGUUGGCACACCAAUGGAUGUUGAUGCCAGUCCUGUCGCUAUUGCCCACUUGUCUCUUUCUCCCCGAAGGAAAAUCGAGACCAAGGCUCCACACAACCCAUCGAAUAUCUUUGCUGCUGCGGCGGCUAACACGCAAGCUUCGGGCGACAGGCCUCCGUCACCGGUAAACUAUGGGAGUGACUCGGAUGAUGAGGAUAUGCCCAGCCCGACGAGGAAUAUCAAGGCCUCGAGCAAGAACCCCUUUACCAGCAAGGGGAGGCCGCAGUUGCAUGCGCAAAAGAGUAUGCCUGUGCAUAGGCUGCAAAGCAAGCAGACGACUACCUUGCAAAGCAAGACUGUUGGGGCGGUGGCGAGCAACCCUGACUUUGGAACUGGGGGGUUGACGCUCAGGCAGGCGGGGAGCAAUGGUGCUCUUGGACAACAGCAGCAGCAACAAGGAAACAGCCCCGGGUUGAGGAGGUUGAGCAAGAUUCCUAGUGCGGCGGGGUUAAACAAGAAUCUCUCUGACGCCAAGAAGGAAGGGGAGCUGCAUACAACGGUCAGUAUGACGGGUCUUAACAAGAUUUCUGGCGGGAUGAGGUCAAAUAUCCAGGGUAGGACACUGGUUGAGCUUCAGCAGGCUAGGGCUGGGGGUAGGCCGUUGAGCGGGAUCAUGACUGGGGAGGGGUUCAGCAGCGGGUUGAAUGCGAACACGGGGGGGAUGGGAGGGGGAGGGAGUCCGGUGAGGGCGUUUAGGGAGCAUGCUGCUGCUGCUAAUAGGGGGUUGGGCGCUGAGCCGGCAGCUGUGUGGAAUCCGGAGACGGACGAGAUGCCGAGUCCGUUUUUGGUGAGGAGGAAGCCGAUUGUCAAGGCUUAG